GACAAUACAUACGGCUUUGACAAGCUACAUAUUUUAUAUAAUAUUAUUAACUUUAUAGCUCAUAUCUUUAUUAUAUUUGCUAAAAUUAGAAUGGAGAACAAAAAUAAAUAUAAAAUACCUGGUUCGAUGCAACUAACGAUUCCAAAAAGAACACCUUAUGAUAUUCAGCGGGUACAAGAUUAUUUGGUGUCGAAAAAUAUGACUAGAAUGGAAAAAGUAUAUCCCCAAUUUGAUGUCGUCAAAUCCGAAGAUCCAAAAGCGGAAUUAGCCAGACUGCAAAUAAAAUUGCUAGAUUCUGAGACACUGCUUGAUCAGAAAAGAAAAACUUUGGUAGAAGUCAGAAAAGAAUUGGACACGCAGUGGCAGGAGCUUGAUAAUAAAGAACAGGCUUUGAGGGAAAAUUUUCGUAAAUUUGAUCAGUUUAUUAAAGAAAAUAUGGACAAACGCGAACGAGCAGAAAAGAAAAUCAAAGACGACACCAAAUUGUGCGCGCAAAGGGCCAAAGAUAUUGAAAAGUCUAAUAGAGAUUAUGAGGCGUUGAAGGACGCCAAAUUCGAAAUGGACAAAAAAAUUAAAGAAUUUCGUUUAUAUGAAAAUUUUCUUGAUAAAGUAGUCAACACUUCACAAGAGUUUAUUGCUAUUCACGAUAUGAUCAAUCGUUAUAUGACUCUAUUGAGUGCUAAGCAAAGUUUAGCGAAGUUACAAGAAGAAAAUUUGGUAGCCUUAGAAAGAGCAAAAAGCGAUAUGAUGAAAUUGAUUGAAGAGAAGAACUUUAUAAUAAUGGGUCUUAACAAUCAGAUUGCCAAUCUUCAAACGCGAUUUGAAAACGCAAAAAUUAAGUCCAUUGAAUGUGAACAAUUAGUACUACAAAUCAAAAAUAAUGCAGUACAACAGCUUCACAACAUUGACGAAGUAAAAUCAUCCAUUUGGAACCUUUACACCCAUAUGGCACAUUCGAAAAUGCAUCCGGUCAAAAUACCAAAAGAAAAUGUGGAAGAACAGAUGAUGUACAUUAAAAGAACGCUUACGGAACUAGCGAGAGUAAAUCAAAUACUAAGAAAGAACGCCAAAACGCCAAAAAAAAUCCAAAUUAAAGACAAGAUAUAAAUAAAUAAUAGUUAAAAUGACUAAAUAA